AAGUCACAGGAAGAUUCUCCCCGACAUGUCUCGACGUCGGGAAAUGUCAUUGUCGAAGCUGAUUCACCUUUAGCUCUGGAACUUACCGCGGAGGCACUUCCUGCUAAGGUAAAAAUCCCGCAAAUUGGCAUGUAUGAUGGAACAUCGGAUCCAGAUGCACACUUGGGCCAUUAUACGUCUUGGAUGGAUUUGGAUGGUGCCUCAGAUGCUUUGAGAUGUCGGAUGUUUUCGCUUACACUGGGGCCACGAGCACAAAAAUGGUACUAUACUCUCCCACCUCAUUCAAUUUGGAAGUGGCAACAGUUACGUGCGGCCUUCCGAUCACACUUCAUCGGAGCUCAAAUUUGUCUCAUCCCAAAAGAAUCAAUUACUAACAUCGUGCAAAAGGACGACGAGACUGUUAAGGGCUACGUGUCUCGGUUCAACGACCGAACUCAAAACAUGGAGCCUUGUCACCCUGAGACCCUGUUAGUAACCGCAAUUGCUGGACUGAAGCCCAACUCGAUGUUUCGCUGGACCUUGUGCCAAAACAAACUGGCCACCUUUCAAGAAUUUCUUGUACGAGCUCAACAAUUUAUUAUUGCCGAGGAAUCGAUGUCGGUUCCCAGUUUUGACUUCUCGGUGAAAGAAAACAAGACUGAACCAGACGCUAAAAAGAAGAAUAAGAAGAACUUUGGGAAAGCACAAUUUUGGAAUUUCUCCAAAGGAUAUGAAAAUACUCCAGAGUCUAGGGCCUCUCGUGAUCAGUAUUCAGAUAAUGUCAGGACAGGCUAUCAGGCCGUUUAUUCAGCCGGAGCAGCCACUAUAUAUGAAGAACUGAAAGGAAAAGGGAUUAUUCCAGACCCGAGACCUGUGAGAACCCCUGAAGACAAGCUGGACAAAACUCGAUACUGUGCAUAUCACAAGUCUCCGGGAUAUAAUACCGAUGAGU